AUGGGUUCUUGUGGAGGAUGGAUGCUGUGGACCCUGUGUGCGAGCUUCACUGCUCUGGAGACUGCUGCACUCAGGGUGACCAUGAGGGAGGAGAGUGUGGAGGUGGUUCGGGGAGAUUUUGUCGUCCUGCCCUGCUCCUUCUUCACCUCCAGCCCCCUCUCCAGACUCAACAUCAUCUGGACCCUGGCCCCCGUCUCCAGCCCAGAAACACCAAUACAGGUGAUUGUGUACGACCAUGGUCAGGUGAUUGAAGACCCCGCCCUCACUGGCAGGGUGGGUUUUACAGGAAUCCCCUGGAGUGCAGAUAUUGUCCUGAACGACACACGAGUAUCAGACGCUGGUGUUUACCGCUGCAUGGUCAAUAACCCCCCCGAGGCAGCAGCUGCUGGUAUAGGAGAGCUGGUGCUCAAUGUUCUGGAGCCUCCUUCUCUGCCCAUGUGCCAGUGGGACGGAGACAUCGACCUGGGAGGAAGCGUCACGCUGACCUGCUCCGUGACAGAGGGCGUCCCCACUCCUGAGAUCCACUGGGAUAAACUGAACCCGGAGGAAAUCUCACUGCCCAUCAACAUGGAGGGGGAUCUGUCAGGCUACGUCCAAAUCAUAAACGUGUCCUCUCAGACGUCUGGCCUGUACCGCUGCUCUGCCACCAACGUCCUGGGAACAGAGAACUGCUAUGUCAAUCUGUCCAUCUACACCCCCCCGGAGAGAUCGUCUGGCAUCCUGCAGGGCGUGCUGCUGACCUUGUCCAUGACCCUGGUGCUGCUGGCGCUGCUGCUGCUCGUGAUGUGGCUCCACCGCACAGGGCAGGAUGGGAGGUGGAGGGAGGGCAAAGAAGAGGACGAGGAGUACAACGAGAUACGAUACACGCCGUCACUCAUGAAGCGCUCGUUUGUUUGA